AUGGCAAGCCCUUAUAUAGGCCCUCAAGGCCAUGUCAACAGUAGGCUUCAGGCUGAAACCGAUGAAGCUAUUCUCGAGGGCAUCGUUUCAGGAGGCUCAGGUCAAUCUUCUCCACAAGCCUCCCAACAAGCCUCUCAGCAAGCACCGAUAAAGGUGCUCACUCGACCAGCCUCCUCAGGUAAAGACCCCGCUGCUGGCUUCUCCUUCACCAAAGCCAAGCCAAUUCAACAACUCGACUUCCGAAGACCGAAGCAAACCCCCGUUAUCCUCACUGAGACACGCUCCCAUCAGUCGCCACCCCUACCAGACACCACUCAAGCUGCUCAAAAUGCUGUCAAUGUCGAAGCUCACCGAGGCCUCUCAUCUACGCAUGAUCAUACUUCAGUGCUCCAAGAUCUCUUUUCAGUGCCUUUUCCAAACGCAAUGCCCGCUACCACAGCUCUCGCGUCCGGUCAUAAUCUAGCCGGAACCAACAACAUACCAGUGCUCCAGGAUCCUUUUCCAGUGCCUUUUCCAAACGCAACACCCACUACAAUAGCCCUCGCUUCCGAUCACAGUCCCGCCGAAACCGUGAAGGUCGUUCAUCAACCACCAUUGAACAUGCACAACCGUUCAGCCAAGACCACUAAGGAUCCUUUGACCUCAGUGGCUGGUACUCCCAAGGUCACCAAAUCCCGCCGGAGAAAGACCACGACAGGCCCAGCUACGGUUGGUCCUCCGCCGCCCAAGAAAACUUAUACAGAGGAUGAUCUUCUAAAGCUACUCAUUUAUCGUCGAAGGCAAGGGCAGCAAGAGCUCGAAGAUUUCAGGGCUACACAACACCAGAAUUGGGCUGAAAUCCAAGAAUUACGAGACAUGAGCACUAAUCUCUCUGGUCAGUUACAGGAGGUCGUACAACGUGAGACUCGGAAGACUGCCGAAUUGUCAAAACUCAAGGCCAACAAGCCGAUCUGGGAAAGCAAGAUUAAGCGGCUGAAUGACUAUGUCAAAGGCCUCACAAAUGAUCACAAGCGGCUUCGAGAGGAUGCGGAUGACUUGCACAAAAAGCAUGAGGAUGUCUUCUUAGCCAGAAAGGAACUACACGAUACACUGCAGGAUGCCCAGAAGUCAGCAGAGCAUGAGCGCAUCAGAUCCCAACAACUUGGGGACGAAGCCCGUCAUAGAAUCGAGAAUCUUGCCCAGACUGUACAACAUCAAAGUACCCAGCUUCGAGGCGACGAAAGUUUGCUUAUGGCCGAACGCGAGAGAAGCAACCGACUGGAAGAUCAGAUUUCCAGGAUCACUGCCAGUCAUGGGCGAUUAUUGGAAAUCUUCACCAGCCAUCGCGAUACUAUCACUAGCAAAAUCGACGAUCUGUUGCACCAGGCCCAGUCUAUCGUCCCGCCCAACAAAGAUUCAGAGUCAGAGUCCCAUGGCCAGGUUGGGCCAAUGCUAGAGCAAUGCUUCAGAAUCUUGCAAAAGCUUCAUAAUGCGGAUACUGUCAAGCCAGAAGACCUCCGAAAGCUCAAUGAUAAUAUGGACAGCUUUGUCGAAGGGAUUGCUCGUUCCGUCGAAGCUUGCGAGGAAAGUUCUAACUCGAUGGAGGCAGGACAAAAGCAGCUUGCGCUGGCUGUGCAGGAUCAACUUCGGGCUUUAAGCGGUAACAUCUUUUCUGAACACGCCUUGUCAGAACAAAUCAGCGACCUUCGGGAGGUGAGGGCUACUGUUCGAGAACGGUUACAGGCAACCGAGAGCUCACUUGCGGACGCUCGCCGAGAAGUUAUAGCUCUUCGACUCAAAGACCAAGAGCAGUCGCGAAGGAUUGUGACUUUAGAGACCGUUGCAGCCAGAGGUCACAGCCAACCUACAGAGGCCUCACAAGCUUUACUCCACAUCCAGGAGCUUGACUCUCGAAAUAGAACUCUUCAGAGCGAAAUUGUCAGUUUAAGGAAAGAAGCUGCAGAUCUUUCCAGUCAACUUCAGCAAAGUUCCACAGAUGCUAGAGAAUCGACUGAACUUUUGGCUACUAGCCAAGAACAACUCGAGACUGCGUGCAAAGAAACAACGAAAGUGCGAGAAGAAAAGUUAACGAGCGAGAGCCAAGCUAUGGCUAAGGGGGAGCAAUUGAGAAAAGAGCUAUCAAAGGCAGCGAACAUGCAGAUUGCAAAUAUGCAAAGCGAGCACAUGAACGCUAUCCAGCAGCUGAGAUUGGAGAAGUCCCCGGCCGAAGAGAAGUUGAAGAACGUAACCAGACAAGUCAGUAUGCUGAAAGCGGAGAAAGAGAAAUCAGAAAAGGAGACUGCUCAGUUGCAAGUAUUGCUGAAAGAGGCACGGAGCGAGAAAGAGGCUGUUAUCGGGACAAGGAAGGCUCUCCAGCUUCAUCUGAAGGAAAUCAACGUGCGCACCUCUGAAAAGAAUGACGAAUAUUCGGGCUUGCAGGCCAUGUUGAAUAAGGCGAACGAUCAAGUAAAGGCCAAGGAUCUGGAGAUCAUGGCACUUCAAGUAACGCAGGCUACGAGGCCUAGCUCAUCUAGGAUUGUUGGGCAAAGCCCUUCUAUUCGAGGUACGCAACCGGUUCACAGGAUACAUACUCAGCAUCGAGACUCCCAGCACGCCUCGAUGGGUCAAAGCUCUUCCGUGCGGCCCGCGACUCCCAAAUCCUCUAUGCAUUUCGCGAACCGACCGCCAAUAGUAGAGGACUCACAGCCAUCUGAAAAGUCAGCCUUCGUAAGCCUUGACGAGUUAAUUCUGGAUGACCCUUUUGCCGGCUAUGCUCGAGAAGGGUCUCAAACCAUAGCUGGUGAGGAUAUAUCUCACCUGUUCCCAUCUACUCCUGGAGCCGGUUCCCGUGCCAAAGACCACGAUUACUCCCGGAACUCGGUAUCCCAUACAACGGUACUUUCUGAGACGCAGCGAAGACAGCAACGAUCCUCGUCUAGGAUGGUUGGGCAAAGCCCUUCCAUUCGAGGUACGCAACCAGCUCACAGAAUACAUACUCAGCAUCGAGACUCCCAGCACGCCUCGAUAGAUCAAAGCUCUUCCGUGCGGCCCGCGACUCCUAAAUCCUCUAUCCCAAUACUAGAGGAUUCACAACCACCUGAAUCCUCACCCUUCGGAAGCCUUGACGAAUUACAACUGGAUAACCCUUUUGCCAGCUAUGCUCGAGAAGAGUCUCAAACCAUAGCUGGUGAGGAUAUAUCUCACCUGUUCCCAUCGACUCCUGGAGCCGGUUCCCGUACCAAAGACCACGAUUACUCCCGCAACUCGGUAUUCCAUACCACGGUACUUUCUGAGACGCAGCGAAGACAGCAACGAUCGUUCCGCGAAGCUACACCACAUACCGGCUCUGGGACCACGGAUAAGUCUUACUCGCAGUCGCAGGGGCGCACUCAUUCCAAAGCUGGGCAUAAUUACGCGAUGCCCAGAUCUUCAAUAGCCACCUCUCCUACUCAAGUCACCGCUCAUGGUCAUGACACCAAAACUCCAAGCUCGCAUAGAGAAGUGAGCAUCACGCGAGAAUCAACUAAGCUACAGGGCAGCGUUAAAGGUCCUAGACAAGGAAAACGUAGCAUUAUUACGGCCGGCUUCAACGAUAUAAAUUCGCAGGUUCGGCCAAGUAAGGUGCAAAAAGCUGGACCUAAGCAGGCGAAGACCCUUGGACCAAUCAUCGAAGACUCUCAGUCGCCCUUUCUGAAUGGUCGCAGCCGAAAGAUGACAAGGAGAAAAUCAAGCGCUCCGAAAGGUGAGGCCCAAUCCAAAGCUUCUGGACUAUGCUGA